CUUGCAUGUCGAUCGGCAGAUCCACCUGAUAUAAAUGGUUUACAAUUGAGCGCAUCUCUUUUUUUUGCCAUGCUUAUGGCAAUUCAUGCACGUCAUUUGACACAGCCACUAGACUAGUCCUUGUAUCAAAUACUGAGCGCCUUGGGAGUAUAUCAGUCAAUUAAGAAUACCCUGUCUUGAAUUCCAAUCUUCGAGGCUAUUUCUCUUCGUUCAUCUGCAUAAGCUGUUAUUCGACAUCUACAGCAUGUCUAAUCAUGAUGACCAGACUAGCGUAUACAAUCGUUGGGUAAUCGCUUUUGCCGCUCUUGGAUCUACUACUUACGGAUACGGCGCCGCUGUUUUUGGGGCCACAAUUGGGCAACCAGGAUGGUAUCAGUUCUUUGGCCUGCCUCCGAACGGCGAGCCGGGCUAUGUGACUGUCACAACCCCUGUGAUAGCGACAGCAAAUGGGCUGCUCAGUGCUGGCGCAGCAUGUGCUUGCCUCAUUAUGAUGUGGUCUGGCGACUAUUUCGGACGCAUUCGUAACAUACAAGCAGGUUGCUUCCUAGGCCUUCUCGGCGGUGCAUUGCAAGGUGGAUCCACGACGCUGGCCAUGUUCCAAGCUGGUCGGUUCAUCAUGGGAUUGAGCAUUGGGACAAUGGUGACCAUCACCCCAAUGUAUCUCUCCGAGAUAUCCAGUCCUCGUUCACGCGGAUGGUUGGUCGGGCAUCAUGCCAUCUUCCUCGUGUUCGGCUAUAUGCUUUCUGGCUGGGUCAGCUACGGGGUGUACUUUGCAUCUAAUCUUGAGUUUGGCUGGCGCUUUCCCUUGUGUCUGCAAGUAGCACCUCCCCUAAUACUCCUGCUUGGUUCUCCUUGGCUACCUAGAUCACCACGCUGGCUAGCUUUCAGAGGAAAAGAUGAUGAAGCAUGGCGGGUGCUCCGACGACUACGCAAGUGCGCAACGGACCAGAGCGAUAUAGUUGCCAAGAAGGAGCUGUUACAGAUACAGGAACAGAUCAAGCUAGAUCGGGAGAAGCUAAGUGCUUGGGGUGGCCAUCCGUGGAAAGCCGUGUUACUGAAGAAAAGCUACCGCAAACGAAUGAUAAUAGGUUUCCUGACUCAAUGGGGGGCUGAAUUUGGUGGACCACUUGUCAUUAAUAACUACUCCGUAAUUCUCUAUAACGGAUUAGGUCAGACCGGUCCCAUGCCCCUAUUGCUCUCGGCAGUCUGGCUCACAUUCGCCGGCGUGAUCUUGAAUCCUGGUGGAGCUUGGCUGCACGACAGGGUUAACUCGCGACGGUGGAUGUAUAUGAUCGGAUUUAUAGGAGUUGCCAUCACCACAGCCUGUCUAACAGCAAUGAUUGCCUGUUUCGGGGGCACUGACAACAAGAUUGGCAAUGGCGCAGGGAUUGCCUUCAUCUUUCUCUACCUUGUUUUCCAGGGUACGUUCUGUGACACGACCAUGUACAUAUACAUAUCCGAAAUAUUUCCCACGGAGAUCCGUUCCAUAGGUAUGGGCUGGUCUUUAUUGGGACAAUUCAUCGCUACCAUAAUCCUUCUGCAAACAGCGCCUCUAGCAUUUGCGUCCGUGGGCUGGAGAUUCUUUUUGUUGAUAAUAUGUUGGAGUAUAGUAUUUGUGCCUGUUAUUUACUUCUACUUUCCAGAGACCGCGGCACUGUCCCUGGAAGCAGUUGAGCAGCAAUUUGGCGACGAGAUCGCCCCCGUUAUUCAACAACAAAAUCUCGAAAAGGGGGCGGGACGGACUAACGUCGCCAGUGAGGAGAAUUCUGCCCGACAGAUUCGGGUAUGAACAGUAAUAACGAUUGUGCCAAGGGAGUUGCCAAUGCAAGAGAGUGGAAUGGUGCAGAGUCUUGAAGGCGUUCCAUGCCCUUCCAUUUAUGAGAGAUGCGGGGUGCAUGUCGACACUGCCACAGAGCGUGAAUCUUGCCCAAAGCUUUGUUUAUGAUCCCCGCACUGAAUCUGCGAUAUUACAUGUCUGU